AUGGCAGCAAGCAUGGCGGAGAACGGCCAGCAAACGCCCUCCAAACCGCUGCCCAUCCGCCCCACGGGCAUGAAGAUCCAGACGCCACUCCCCCAGCCGCGCGUUGAGGCCAUCAAGGCGCACAAUGCCGGCAUGAACGUCAUGUCGCCCGUCAACCAAAACGGCAGCUUCGAGUUCGAUCGCGUCAUCAAGGCUGGCACUGUGGUCAAGCGCACGCGGAAGACGAAGCAAUGGAAACCUAUCCACAUCGUCCUCCGCCCGAACCUGCUCUCCAUCUACAAAGACAAAGAUGAGACGAAGCUGCGCCACCAGAUCACUCUCUCCGAGAUCACGGCCGUCGCGCGCCAGAAGGACUCGAAGAAGAAGAUGGACCAUGUCUUCGGCAUCUUCUCGCCCGCACGGAACUACCACCUCGGCGCAUCGACAGAGAAGGAGGCGCAGGAGUGGGUGCAUCUGAUACGGGCUGAGGCGCGCAUAGAUGAGGAAGAGGAAGAGAUGAUCCUCAUGAGCCCCACCGGCAAGAAGACCUUCACGGGCUUCGACAGAGCGACAAGGGAAACCAUCGGAUCGAGCUCCUCUGAGGCGGAACCCAGGCCGUCAAGUUCAAUGCCGCCCGAAGCUCUACACAGCGCACGGCGACCGUCGCAUACCCUGAAUUACUCCGGCAACGACUACGGCUCGUUCUCAGACUUCUCCGACACAGGCGGGCCUGCACCUGCAGCGUUCCACGGCUCCGCCAAUUCUCUUCCGCGGACCUCUCAACAAAUCCCGAAUGUUAGUCAGCAGAGCAAUAUUGGCACCACGCCAGACGACGAGCGCGUCGUGUACCACGGUUGGCUAUAUGUGCUCAAGUCAAAAGGCGGAGUUCGGCAGUGGAAGAGAGUCUGGGUUGUCCUGCGGCCAAAGGGGCUUGGUCUAUAUAAGAACGACCAGGAAUACUCUGCCAACCUCAUCAUACCCUUCUCAAGCAUUAUCGACGCGGUGGAUAUCGACCCGGCGUCGAAGAGCAAGCAGUACUGCAUGCAGGUCAUCACCGAAGAGAAGAACCUGCGCUUCUGCGCACCAGAUGAAGACUGCCUGGCAAAAUGGCUUGGCGCAUUCAAGAGCUUGCUGGUCAAGAGGAAAGAAGCGGAGCAUCAGCGCGUGCUUCAGGCGGCCGGGAAUGCAGGGAACGCUCAACCACCGAAGCAGGUUCCCAAUGCUGCGCAGAAAGCGGCAGCUCCAGCUCCGAAAGCCCAGCAGCAACAGCCCACCGCGAAAUAG